CAAACAACAAUCUGCACAGUCAAAUACUCGAUUUCAUUAUCAUUUCAUAUAUCGUGACGUUACCCGUUUCCGAUAGACACCUAUUUCCGAUAGGUUCCGAUAUUGCGCGUGUUUUUGUUUACUACAUGACGUCACAGGUAAACAACUUGCAAGCAAGUGCGUUCGACAUCGGCGAUUUUUUGUAGCUCAACAAUUUCGUGAAAAUGCUGCGAAUUAAGCUUAAAUCUCCGACUUCCCGCGGACCCACGCAUGCAAGGCGGCGUUUGUAUUCAUCGACAACUCUAACUAGGGCAUACAUGGCAGUUAAAGAGGAUAAUAUCCCCGUAUAUAGGGCUUCAAAGAUAUAUGGAGUGCCUCUUACCACGUUGCGCGAUCGCGUAGACAGUAGAGUGUCGGUUGAUAGCGUAAAAAAUGGACCCGCACCGCUGCUUAGCCUCAGUGAGGAACAGCUACUGGUCGAGCAUGUGAAAGGUCUAGCGCGUGUCGGGUACGGGUACACUCGGGCAGAAAUAUGCUACAAGGCGUCCGACUUCGCUGUUUACCUUGGAAAACGGGGAAGGGAAGAGAAACCACUCAGUCUCAAAUGGUUCUAUGGCUUCAUGGGCAGGUGGCCAGAACUCAAAGUUGUUAAGCCAUCCGGACUUCCUGAACAACGAGCAAGGUGUGCUUCUAAGGAAGUGAUCCUGAACUACUUUGAAGAACUGAAAACUAUCUUCGACAAGUACGAGUUGCACAACAAACCUCACCUUGUGUACAACAUCGACGAAAAGGGUAUAAAUACCGAAUAUAGACCACCAAAUAUUGUAGCUGGCUUCGAUGCAAGUCCUCAAGUGGUGAUGGCCGAACGAUCGAAAACGGUGACAGUGAUCGGCGGAGGAAAUGCUCUUGGUGACCAGAUACCGCCAUUCUUUGUAUUUCCCGGUCAACGGAUGCUACCGGAGCUUAUGGUCGGAAAGAGUGAAGGGACUGAAGGCAUGAUGACGCAAUCUGGUUGGUCAAACAGCGAAGUGUUUCUUCGCUAUAUGAAGACACACUUCUUGAAAUAUGCCAUGGGACGCAACCAAGAAGAUACCACAUUGGUGUUGUACGAUGGCCACAAGAGUCACAUCUCCAUUGAACUCAUUGAAUGGGCAAAAGAGAACAGAAUAAUACUAUUCGUUCUACCACCUCACUGUUCCCAUAUUUUAAAGCCCAUGGAUGUCGGUUGUUUCGGCCCAUUCCAAAAGAAAUACAACCAGGAAUGUUUAACGUACUCCAGACUGCACCACCAAUGUGUGACCCGGUACGAUGUUUGCAAAUUGGCGUGCAAAGCAUACACUGUAGCUCUGUCGCAUGUCAACUUGCAAGCAUCGUUCAGGAAGACUGGAAUUUAUCCGUUGCAGAAUGCCAUUGAUGCGGUGACUAGUCUUGGCGAUGCCAUAGCACCUUCAGAGCUGUAUGCAGCCACCUGUGAAAAGCUGGCUUCUGGUGCGGAUAACAUUAUCCAACAUGAGCCUGACAUAAACGACGGUGCAAAGUUCUUCAGUGACUUCCCCACUGAAGUUUCGAAGAAAGUGUCCAAACCCCGCCGAAAUAUCCACAAGCUUGUUGGUGGCAAAGCAAUGACGGAAGACAAAACGUUCAACGAUGUGCGUCAAUACAUUGCCGAGUCCGCCAACCGCCCAUCGACCGCUGGCAAGGCAACAACUACAGGCAGUCCAGUAGCAGGACCAUCACGUGCAAUACAGACCAGUGAUGAUGACUCCAUGUCCUUAGAUGAAGAUGUGACGGACGAUGAGAAAUGUUGCGUGUGCAAGAAGUACAACUGCACUUCAAAAGAUGGACAGUCUCUUGCAAUUUACACAUGGGCGCAAUGUGAUGUAUGCCAACACUGGACACACCUUAAAUACUGCACACCAGUCAGAGUAGUCCGGAGAAACACCUCUUUCAAAUGCCCAUGUUGUUAAAUAAGUUUUUUUGUUGUUUUAAAUUUGCGAUUUCAAUGAAUAUUGUUUCUUAAUUGAAUUUGUUUAUAGUUUUAGUGCAUUUGCACCGCUGUUUCGUAAGUCAGUGCUUGAAAUGACGUCACGAUAUGACUAUUCAUGGAACUAUCGGAAACCGGUGUCGCACUUUCUGUUUUUACAGUUUUUGACGUCCGUUUGUUUUUAUUGUUAACUUCCCUUAUUUUGGCUCGUUUGUUCCCGUUUUUCGUUGUAAAUUACACUUUGAACAUUCAUCUUGACGAUGCAGUGACAGAAAAGACGACAAUAAACACAGACAAUUUUUUAAGGUGAGUUUUAUUGUUAAAUUAUCGGAAACUGGUAACGCUAGGAUAGUGUUUUUCUUUCACUGUCUAAGCCAUGCAUUACAUUUAAAUUUAAAGGUGGUAAAUCACAUUUGAGUAUCAUUUCAACAUGACCAAACUUUAUUAUCUGAUAUUGUAGAUAUCCAAGGUGCCUGAACCACGUGACUUUUUCGGCUAUGUGUGGGACAAUCGGAUGUAAACAAAACGUCGCUUCAGUGUGGCAGAGAGGUCAAAACACGGUCGGGGAUCUCCUAACACAAAGCCACCCACGCACGGACAGGAAAAAAGUUCCGUCGGGCAAACUUUUUCUUGUUUGUUUCUAUAAAAUUGAUUGUUACAAAAUGUUGAAUUUUCAGUGAAUUGUUACUGCCGACUAAUGCACUUGUUUAAUACACAAAAUCGUAAGGAUUAUUUGUGCAAGAUGUCAUGUGAAUAUUAUUGCAACAAAACUACAAAAAGUGUUAGUUGUGUGUUUUUUAGCAGGAAUGUGUAGGCAUUUUUUACUGUAACCAAUUUAAUAAAUAAGCAUAAAGAGAUCAUACAGCAUUUUUAAACAAAUAGACACUAGGAUCAAUGACAUUUUUUUCUGGAAAAUCAUGUAUUUGUAUGUAAAUCCUAUUGAGCUAUCUGAUAUAUCACACAUGCUAUUUUUUAAGUUUAACAGUUUAUAUCAGUUGUAUUUUGUUCUUUUCAGGGAGAUUAAAGUAUUUUUGGAAGCACCUUCAAGAGACGUACUGAUAUCUUUAUCAAUGAAAAGUUGUCAUACAAACAUGUAUAGUAAAUGUUCCAAAGUUUAAAUGACUCUUUGAUUUAUUACCAGAUGGUGCAAGUAUUGCAGGGAAAGAAAACAAUCAAAAUAAACAUUACAUAAAAAUUUGACAUUUCAACAAAUUGAACAACAUUAUAUGAUUUAAUGUUAAUUACUUGGUGCAGUGGUAACAAGAUCUUGCAGCGCCCUUUCAUGACCGGGGCGAAUGAGUAUUUUCAUUAAACAUCUCAAACUAU